GUCUGAAAUCCAAUGACGUAAAUGCAGAAGAUGGUGCAAAUUUGCUUAAACUGCGGCAUGAAAAGGAAGACGAGGAAGAGAAAGGGAAUAAAGCUGAGGAAGAAUCAAAUGAUGACAAUAAACAAGACAAUUUGGACGCGGCAAUAGACGAGGAGGAGAAAAUCGUGGAGGAUUUGAUGGACGACCAGGACGAGGAGGGUAAUGAGGUAAAGCGCAAUAAUGAGGAAAUCCUGGAUGAGGACAAUGCCCUGGAGGACCUCAAGGACCAUCCUAGGGUUGGCAACCUGGUGGGGGGGCUCAAGGUCCCUCUCGGGUUCCGCCCAGAAGAGGCCAACCCCCAAGACAUGAACAUGGAGGAGGACAUCAUAGGCAACCAGGGCAAUUACUAUGAUGGUAACAUUGAUAACAACAAUAUUAGAAAUCUUCAGAGACCUCCAGAAUUUCAUUAACAAAUUAUUUUUUUCUCUCUAUUUUUUUUUGUCUAUGGAAUCAACUGCCAUUGGAACCUCUUACAGAGGAGACUUUGCAGUUAUUCUUUUGCUAUUUAUUUUACUAGAUGUAGGUGUGUUAGUAGUUAGUAUGGGGUUGAAAUAUUUAGAAGGGAUUAGAUGUGUAUAUAUAAAUAUAUAUAGAUAUGCAAAGUUUAGGUUUUGGACAAUAAUUUUUCAUUAAUCCAACAGUUUAUAAGAGCAUGAUCAAACAAUAUCAGUAAUAUGCAAUUGCUGAAUUUAGCUUACGCUCUGAUACUUUUAGCAAAGUAACAUGGAAGAAUUGGGACCAGUUUUUGGUAACACAAGAUUAUUAAUGUAUUUUUGUGUUCAGUAGCAGUUUUGAGUUCAGAAGGGGGUUAGAGUAGCAUAGUGUAGAAAAGCUUAUAUUUUGUCUUGGUUCAGAAACAAAAGUAAUUUAUUGAAUAAUUUGUGCUUUGGUAUCUCAAGAACAAAAUGAUAUAGAAACUCCCUUCACAUGAAACAAAGGCUGGCCUUUCAUGUGUUUUGGAAAAGUGCCAUAUUCGAUAUGCAAAAACAUCUGUUUGUGAAAAGGAGUACUUUGUAAGUUUUUGAUUUACUAUGAAUGCAACCCUGAUUUUGAUGAUUAUUAACUAUUUUUAUUACAUUUAUGAUUUUGCUGUGUACCUGUAGAAAGACAGAGGUAUGGCUGCCAAAUCUUGUAUUGUCACAGCUAAUUUUAUAUUGUCUUACCUCAUCUAAACAAAUUAAAACACACCAUAUAAGAGUUAUGAAACUUGACCCUUACCUUUCCAUAUACCACACAACUUAUAUUGAAUUUACUUGACAUUGUCUAACUAAAAUUUUAUGAAUGUCAUUCAAGUAGUUAGUGGGAUUACAAAUUGAGCUUAUAUGUUUUUAAGUGAUGAUUGAAGGUAAGUCACAUUCUUAGUACAUUAUAUAUGCAUAUAUGUGCCCAUAUAAAUUUGCAACAGGAGUAAAAGUAAGACAGAACUUUUAUGAUUUACAUGUAUGAAUUUAAAGUUGUUACAGGGGCUUUAUACAUCAUUGUACUUGAACUGAUUUUCCAUGAAAGAAAUAUUGGGGAAAAAAGGUUUGAAAAAUCUAAGUUGUUCAAUAUUGAAAAUUUGAUACAAAGUCAUCCUUCGAUUACCAAAGCAUUGCAUUGCUACAAAAGAUUAGUAUAUAGACAUUGUAUAUUUAACUCUACAGUGUUUGCAGUCUUGUUACAUCUACUUUUUUGAGGUAGAAUUUCAUAAUCCUUUUUGUACUUAAAUCAUGCAAACCUUAAGUAGAAAUUAGUAUAGAUAUAAAGUCUGGAUUUUUAAUUUGGACCUUGGAACACGGCAUUGAGUGUCUUCCAAGAGGGCACAUUGUUUAAACUUAUUGCAUAUAUACUUUGAUUUUAUGUGCAUGAAAUGACCUAUAGAUUUGUCAUCUUUUUAAAGAAGAGGAUGCAUUCAUAAAUGAUUCUUUGCCUUGUAAAGCCUGUGAAAUUUUGUAAUUACAUGCUGAUGUUUGAAAUAUUGCCUGAAGCUGAAUAUCAAAGAUCAAAAUUUCGGUUGCUAGUUCUUGAGAUUUAAAAAAAAGCACUAAUUUUGGUGCUUGAUCUUUUUGUUAUAUUCCAAACAUUUUAAAAGGCAGAGGAUUGUCCAGAAUCAUAUGGGCUGCUGAAGCAUUUGCUAUUUGGUUUAGAAGAUUAUGCAGGCUCAUGUAUUAUAAUCUUGAACAGCAGCUAUACCAUAGAAUAGUGUCAUGUUAGUCACAUGCAUGUUCAGUUGACAGUAUCUGUUGUAUGGACAAUGACAUUUGUAGACAACUAAAACAUUAUUCUUUUUGUAGAUUUUUCUGAUAUAAGUCUUAUGUAUUAACCAGAUCAUUCCAUUUUUACUUACUGAUGAAAAGGCUCAAGUUAAAAGAAAAGUGAUACAUAGCUGACUAUGUGGAUGCUGUUUUUUUCACUAGAUAUGAUUUUUGUUCACAUAUAGAUAAUUUUCAUUAAAAAAAACAUAGUGUGCAUCAGUUUCUUGUCAUUCAUACUGUGAAUUAUAAAUAUGUUAAGGAAUUAAAACAUAAGAGCACAUCCCAGUUAAGACUUUCAAACUAAAGUUGGGUAUUUAGUAGACUGACGAUAUUGUAAAACAUGAAGAAAAAAUAAGAAUAAAGUGUACAUAUAUCAAGCAACAGAUAGCAAAACUUAACUUUAUAUUAUCAAGCUGAUGUGCUUAUAUUGAUAGGCUUUGUUGCAGGCAUAAAGAGUACUGUAUUUCUGUCAUGUUGACUUUGUAUUGAGUGAGGCUGUGAUCUGCAAGAUGAAAGGUUUUGUCACUUGUCUCCUUUAUACAGAGAUUGGAGAGAUAAAAGAGACAGGAAGUAAAAAGGAACAAACUGAUGCUUUUUUUUACUAGUGUUUAUUUAUGUAUUGUUGUUUUGUUAUUGAUAUAUUCCAGCAUAGUUUUUCAUUUGUAGUUGCUGUUACAUUGACUGAUAACAGCCAGUAGGCCUAUAGUUUAGAAUAGAAGGCAGAAAGAUAAAAAGAAAGCUUCGUUUUGGAUAAUUUUAAAAAGGACAAUAAUAUCAAUUUUUGUUUAUACUUUUUCCACAUUGGAGAUGAAGAAAUAUGUGAUUUUUUAAGAUGAAUGAAAUUUAAAAGAUUAGGUAUAUUAUAUCUUACUAAUGGAUUGGUAUUGCACCUUUGAAUAACACUUUUAUUGGCUUUUUCCCUGGUAGGAACAAUAAUGAUCAAAUAAUGAUUAUAGUCUUUGCAUUGCUAAAGUUUUGGUGAAUUAUUUUUCACUGUCUUUAUUGCAAGCUUCUGACAUACAGGUAUUUAAGUUGGAAUUAGUAUAUAUAGUGUACUUUUUGUUAGCAACAAACUCUUUGUAUGUAUUGCUAUAUGCCAACAUUUUUAUCUUUAUUUAUUUUAUGUAUAUGUAUGCAAGUGUAUAGUAGGAAUGAGCUAAACCUGUUGAAAUAUACAUCUGGUAUAUUUGUGGUAUUUAUAUGGUGUAUAUAUAUGAUAUAUAUAUGGCAUAUAUAUAUAUAUAUAUAUAUAUAUAUGGUAUAUAUAUAUCAUGUUAUAUAUGAUAUAUAUAAAUGGUAUAUAUAUGGUAUAUAUGUGCAGGAUGUGGUACAAUGAAUCAAACAAGUAGCACCCCCCCCCACACACACACACACACAAAA